AUGAGAAUGCCUGCAAACGACAAUAUCCCACGACAAGCUGUAAUAGUAGCUGACAGCUUCAACUCCCGUUUCAAACCCAUCACCCUUGAAAAGCCCCGCUGUCUCCUCCCCCUGGCUAACAAACCCCUGAUAGACUACUGCUUGCAGCACCUCAUCAGUAAUGGUUUCCACGACCUGAUAAUCCUGUCGCGCGCGCACGGCACCCUCAUUGACAAGCACAUCUCAGAGAGCAGAUACAUGGACCGGAACGAGCUGGUGACAAUACGGAACAAGAAGAUGAACGCAGACAAAUGUAACAGUCUGGGAGAUGCUAUGAGGGAGUUAAGUGACGAAGGAGUGUUACGAGGUCCCUUUAUCUUGGUGACAGGAGACAUGAUAUCCAACAUGGAUAUGCGAGCAGCUAUGGAGACUCACCAAGCAACCAAGGAGAAGGAUAAAGAUGCUAUCAUGACUUGUAUCUUCAAGAAAGUCAUGCCAGGGCACCCCACAAGAGGUCUGGAGGAUGAUGUGGUAGUGUGUAUGAACCCUGAUACAAACCGCCUCCUCCGCUUCCGUAACGCUAACUCUAAAAGAUUUGAUUAUGAUCUCGAGCUGUUCAACAAUCACGAUGUAAUGGACUUCAGAUACGAUCUGAUGAACACAUAUGUUAUGAUUUGCGAGGCGCAUGUCCCCUCACGAUUCACCGAUCACUUUGACAUCCAAGACAUGGACUCCUUCAUAAAAGGCAUCAUCGUGGACGAAGAAAUGUGCAACGAAACAAUCUACAUCCACAUCCUAGAACACAGCUACGCAGCUCGGGUCAGUAACUUACGCACUUACGCCUCAGUAAGUCACGACAUAAUCAACAGGUGGACUUACCCAGUGGUUCCUGAUAACAACAGCCCACCCGAGGACCAGUACAUCUACAGGAGACGGGGAGUAUAUCUACCUAACUCAGUGCGUCCCUACAAGGCUGUCAUUCAUCAGAACACUAUAGUGGGUUCAGAAACUACUAUUGAUAGGAACACUAAUAUAGUGGACUGUGUUAUAGGGAGGAAAUGUGAGAUUGGUGCUAAUGUUAAGAUAACUAACUCUUAUAUCUGGGACGAAGUAACGAUAAAGGAUGACUGUGUGAUUGAUAGUGCGGUGCUGUGUAGUGGCGCUACAGUUAAACAAGGCACCACCGUCUCCGCUGGGUGCAUCCUGUCCUACGAUACAGUUGUAGGACCCAACACAGUUCUCAAGGCAGGUACAAGGGUCACAGUAGCAGGGCCCAGGCACAUGCGCAAUGACUCUGAGUGUUCUAACGACAGUGAGGAUACACGGUGCAGUGACCCGGAUAAUAUCUCGGAAACAGACGUGCUGGGAGCGGAUCACUGGGGUGUUAUAUACCGGAGUGAUGAAGAUAACAGUAGUGAUGAGGAGGGGGAUAUGGAGAGAGCGGAGUUCAAUAGAAAGUGGUAUGUCAGGCAUCCAGAUUGCAGUGAAUUUGAUGAGAUAUCAGAUAGUUCGGAUUCCACGCCCGUACCCAGCGAUCCUGAACCAGAUUCUGAUGUAGGGUUCUAUGGGGAGGUGUGUGAUAGUUUCAAAGCUGGGUUUGCUAUACAGAAGGAUAUUGAUAAUGUACUGAUUGAAGUUAAUGCGAGUAAGCACGCGUAUAAUAUCUCAGUGGCGGAUCAGUUGAUGCAUUCUACAAGAGCACUACUGGAACUUUGUCCCGAAAUCAAGGAAUUCCCAAAAUAUGUGGGAUAUUUUGGUCCCAUGUUUAUCAAGUUAGCUAAGGACAGAGACUCGCAGAUGGUUAUUUUAGACGAAAUCGAAACUUGGGCAUUAGAAAAAUCAAGGAUUCCAGACACUCAGAAAAUUUUGCAUAUUUUGUAUAACGAGGAUGUUUUAGAUGAGUCGUAUAUUCUGGAGUGGUGUGAUAGUGCUGACGAUGAUAUACAGAGUAGCAUUGCUAAGUUUAUUGUCUGGUUGAAAGAGGCUGAAGAAGAAUCGUCUGAGAGCGAUUAAGC